GCACACCGGCCAAUCAGGCGCCGGCUUGCAUCCGCAGCAUCCCUGGCAGAGAAUCAGUCCUCCGAGAUACAAUUGUGGUACCUUUUUGCAAGCUGCAUCCCUGCUAACCACUGCUUCUCUGUUUUUUUAUUUCCUCCCUCCGUCCCUGCCCUCCCUUCCAAGGCAAAGUUUUGGCACAGGCGAGCGCCCUCCUUCUCCGCUCCAUUGAGUCUCUCCUUUAUUUAUUAUUAUUGUUUUUUUUUUUUUCCCUUUUUGUGCAAAUGCCUUUCAAUCAAGGAAGCCAUUAAAAGAAAAGAAGCGGCGGCGGCAGAAGGGAGAGCGGAGAGAGGAUCGGGGGGGACAGAGCAAAUAUGCCAAGUGAGCACUUUCCGAACCAGACUCCUUGCCUUGCCUCCUAGGGCUGCCCAAAGCCGACCGCCGUUCCAAAGGGGAAUCACGGACCGGGGUCUGGAAUAGACAUCAAAAACAAAAGCACACUGAAAAGAAGGCAAAACACACACACGAAAAAAAGGAGGAGAAGAAAAAAAAAAAUCCAGGGGGGUCUCGACCGAAGCUGAGAUGCAACCGACAAGCAAGCUGAUGAGUCUCUUCCUUCUCAUCUUGAUGGGCACCGAACUCACCCAAGUUUUGCCAACCAACCCAGAAGAGAGCUGGCAGGUGUACAGCUCUGCCCAGGACAGCGAAGGGCGAUGUAUAUGCACAGUGGUGGCACCUCAACAGACAAUGUGUUCACGGGAUGCCAGGACAAAACAGCUCAGGCAGCUAUUAGAAAAGGUGCAGAACAUGUCUCAGUCGAUAGAAGUAUUGGACAGGCGGACCCAGCGGGACCUGCAAUACGUAGAGAGAAUGGAAAACCAAAUGAAGGGCCUGGAAUCCAAGUUCAAACAAGUGGAAGAGACGCACAGGCAACACCAGGCCAGGCAGUUUAAGGCAAUAAAAGCGAAAAUGGAGGAGCUUAGGCCUCUGAUACCAGUGUUGGAAGAGUACAAGGCCGAUGCCAAAUUGGUAUUACAGUUUAAAGAGGAGGUCCAGAAUCUGACGUCAGUUCUAAACGAGCUACAGGAGGAGAUUGGCGCCUAUGACUACGAGGAGCUGCAGAGCAGAGUGUCAAAUCUUGAAGAAAGGCUCCGUGCAUGCAUGCAAAAAUUAGCCUGCGGAAAGCUUACGGGAAUCAGCGAACCUGUCACUAUAAAGACGUCUGGGUCCCGGUUUGGCUCUUGGAUGACGGAUCCACAGGCUCCAGAAGGAGACAACAGGGUUUGGUAUAUGGACGGCUACCACAACAACCGAUUCGUCCGGGAGUACAAAUCCAUGGAGGACUUCAUGAAUACCGACAACUUUACCUCUCACCGUCUCCCACAUCCGUGGUCCGGCACCGGGCAGGUGGUGUACAACGGUUCCAUAUACUUCAACAAAUUCCAAAGCCACAUCAUCAUCAGGUUCGACUUGAAAUCGGAGACGAUACUGAAGACCCGUAGCUUGGACUCGGCCGGCUACACCAACGUCUACCACUACGCUUGGGGCGGACAGUCAGAUAUUGACCUCAUGGUGGAUGAGAAUGGAUUGUGGGUGGUCUACGCCACCAAUCAAAACGCUGGUAACAUAGUCAUUAGCAAGCUGGACCCUAACACCUUGCAGAUACUCAAGUCGUGGAACACGGGCUACCCCAAGAGGAGUGCCGGUGAGGCCUUCAUGAUUUGUGGGACUCUCUAUGUCACCAAUGGUUAUUCAGGUGGCACCAAAGUGCACUAUGCUUACCAAACCAACACAUCCAACUAUGAAUACAUUGACAUUCCCUUCCACAACCUCUACUCACACAUCUCCAUGUUGGACUACAACCCCAAGGACAGGGCCUUGUACGCUUGGAACAAUGGACACCAAAUUCUCUACAACGUCACCCUCUUCCACGUCAUUCGCUCCGACGAAUUGUAGCCGGGCCAUUUAUGACCUAUGAACUGACCAAUGGAAUGAAAACAAAAACAAAAACAAAAAAUACUAGGGAAAUGGCUGCCAAAAUCCAAACCUGUCAAGGAGCAAACAUGGCGGAAUUCAAUGGAAUCCCACGUGCCCUGGAAGGACAAUGGGGAGAUGACACUUGAGGAAGACAUUUCAACUGCACUUAAGCUUUCUGAUAAAAAAAAAUAUAUAAUAAUAACAAUAACAAGGCAGUGACUGUUGGUUCUAACCUAUUACGGACAAUGGCCUUUGCCUAUAGGGUCUUAGUAGACAGGACACUAUGGCCGGUAGGGUUUAUGUAACUAAAGAAGGAAAUGUUCUAUGGAAACCUAAAUCUGUUUGGUGAUCUUAAGAGUCGAAGUCACCGUCAUUUUUUUCUAGAUUCAGGAAGGGGCGGAGACUGUGCAGGAAGGGGUGGAGACUGUCCAGGAAGGGGCGGGGACUGCCCAGGAAGGGGUGGAGACUGUCCAGAAAUGGGCAGGGACUGUCCAGGAAGGGUGGAGACUGCCCAGGAAGGGGCGGAGACUAUCCAAAGUCUUCUUCCUGCCAGACUGGUCGCCCUUACGAUCUCCCAAUCACGACGGUUUCCAGCGCGUAUCCUAUAAGAAAGUAGUCGUCCAUAAUUGUUUAAACUUUUCAGUGUAUUCCUGAAGAAAAAAUAUCAUGUAUAACGUCCGUUGUAACCAGAAGUAUUCAAUCGUAUUUGUCCGUUUCACUCGAUGAAUGUCGUUUUUCGAUUUGAAGUAGUUGGGGGGGGGGGGGAAUUUAUUAUUAAAGAACGAGAAAAAAAAAAUUCUUUUAUUGUAAAAAAAAAAUAAAUAAAAAAAAUACUACGAAUAAAACGAUUUAAAAAAAAAAAAAUAUUUAUUACAUAUAUAAUAUAUACAUAUGAAUAUAGGAGGCAGUGUUUGUCAACAAAGCGCUAUGGGAGGGGCCAGAUGUACAGAGUCGAUAUGCAAGUGACGCCAUGAUGGCUAAUUAAUAUUAACGAAGAGAAAUAUUCCGGUAACUUGUUAGCAAUGCCAAUUUAUAACAAAAUAUAUAUAUAUAUAUAGCUUUCUGUGGAAUCUGUGUAGCUUUCUUUCUUACCCCCUACAGCUAAAAAAAAAAAUCAACGAAUGACGAAUUCGAUUUUUUUUUUUUAAUUUCAGACAGUUGAUAGGGGCGGGGGAGGGGUGGGAUUAUAACUUACCUUUGUACAAUCCACAGCUAUCUGAGGCAAAUAAAGAGAGAAAACGAGAAGAGACGUGUUUUCUUGACUCAUGUUGAUAAUGUAGAUAUGUGCACGUGUGUACUUUUGUAUUAUAUUCUAUUAAAGGGAUACCGUCAUGAUUU